UUUUGUUGGACAGUGUGGCGUUUCUUAUCCAUUGGAAGGCGUGCUCAUUUCCAGCUUCAAGGUGGCCUGUUAGAAGAUACGAUGGGCGUACUGUCCACGCUGAUCAGAGGCCUGACGAGAGGAGCGGACAGAAUGUCAGAAUUCACCAGCAAGCGAGGUUCUAGGACUCACAACAAAGGGCGAGGUGCCAGACCCAACGGCUUGAGGCUCCCCAGCAGGAAGUUUGUGGCCAUCCGCGCCAUGAUUCCUGAAUUUGUGGUGCCUCAUCUGGAUGGAUUUGCACUCAAAGCGUACGUAUCAUAUCGCUGCCCGAAGGGAAGCGAGCCCCCGGUGACUGCCGAGAGUCUUUUUGCCGACGUGGUGGCCCCCGCGAUCAAGAAAGACUGGAAUGAAGGAACUUACGACAAAGAUCAGCUGGAGAAAUAUGGAUUUGAAGCCACCCAACAGGGAAAGUUGUUCAAACUGUACCCAAAGAACUAUGUGCGUUAAAAUGUGUCUUCUAUGUAUUUGUGCCCUCAUGAUCAUCUGCUAGUGUCAUUAAAAUGUGUCUUUCCUUACUCUUCUAAUCAGGUCAAUUAAACAUUUUGAUGAUUUGACAAC